AUGAACUCAACCCAAAGUGAUCGCGGCUUCUCUGGCAAAUCAAUAGAGAGACUCAGGCAGGAGGAGGCUUAUUUGAUAUCUCUACUAGUCAGGGAAAAGCUGAUACAGGAAAGUGUUGAUAUACUUAUCGAGAAACUAAAAGACUGGAUGUGCCGUUGUAAUGGUUCUAGUUAUAAGCUCGAGCAGCCACAAAUAAAUGCCAUAGAUGUGGUACUACCCCAAGUAAAACGGCUGAACGAAAUUAAAAGGAACCUAACGGCCCUAGAAACCCAAUUCGAGACAUUAGAACAGCCCCUGGAAACAGAAAUAACCACAAUUGAAGCCUGCCUAAUCGAAAUAAGUCAUGGUUACGAUUCCAAGGCAAUAAAAGAACAAUUCAAAACAGUUAUGGUAGAAGAACUAGAUAAAUUACUAUCUAAGAUUUAUAUGUCAGCACAAUCUGAUCUAACAAAACAUCUCGAUUCUAUGGAUGAAGAAGCAUGCAGCUUAAUGGAAAAAGGCAAAUCAGCAGAUGCUAACCCAAUACAGAUGUGUUUCUGCAACGCAGCCAGGCAAGGGGAAGAAGUGAGAGAAACAAUGCGCGCCGUCACGAAGAAGCUGAAGAUGCAGAAUAAUGCAUCCGAUAGAGAGACCGAUUCCACGAUAUUUUUAAGUAGCAGUGAUGGUAAACCAGACAGGUUAGAGCAAGGAAGUUGUGCAGGUGAGGCAGAACUCGAUCCCAAAACGAUUCUUCAGAGGUUUCUAGAUAACAAAGAUUUGUUCGAGUCAGAUAAUGAACCAGUCCACAAAUAUAAAUGGUCGAACAAUGUCGAAGUCAAUAACACUGGCCAGUUUAUACUAUCUAUCAAUGUACGGAAAGAUAAAAGUGUCUCUGGCGUAUGGGAAGAUCAGAGAUGCACGAAAGUGACGGAUGCAGUGUAUUUGUUAAACGAACGCAAUGAAAACAAACUGUUGCAGUCAUCACCUGAGCGGAACGAAAGUGAACAGAGUAAGCUGUUGCUGUUAUCGCUUGAGCGGAACGAAAAUGAGCUGAUGGUGUUACUAGAUGCCUUAAAGAAGCUCAGUAAAAUCAUACUCGAUGUAGAAAAUGUCAGGAUCUGGGCUUCUCGCCGCUUUACUGGUUGGCUGGCUCUAUCCCAACUCUUAAGACUGUUUGAGAAAUCAGAUUUGAAUAGUACGAAGAAUCCUCUUAAGAUUUAUGUGCGUUCGGCCAAACAAGCUACUUCUUUAGAGGAGCGAUCAUUCGAGAAUGUUAAGGAACAAGAUCAGUUCCGAGACCAAAUUACGAAGAUCGACAAAUCGCGAUAUAUUCUUGAUUUACAUUUCCAUCAACUCACAUCAAAUGUGCAGAAAUUCAUUUGGCCACUAGCAACCCAUUUCUCAAUAUCUAAUAUAGAUCUAAUCCAUCCCAUUAUAACCAAGAUAGACUUUCUCGAUGACGUCAACUGGAUAGACCAAUUCAACCUCAAAAUACACUUAGACUACAAAGAGGAUACUAUUCUUAGUUUAGGAGCCAGAACCGCGAAAGAUAAAGAUCUUCCAACCUGUAAACACCUAUCCAUCACCACUAACUUUUCAUAUAAAGACCAAGAUUCUCUCAACGGCUUGAAGGUUUAUGUCGACAACCUUGAUGGAUACCUUCAACCCAAAUCUUCUAAUAAGGAAGAUAAUGUCUUAACUACAAAAGUAACCAUGUCCUUUUCUGUUUUGAUAUCUUAUGCAACCUUUGGCCUUAAACAGCCAGUGAAUGUCGAGGAGUUGGUUGUACAUGGUAUGUUACACAAAUACCCCAUUGACAUGAUUGCUGCUCUUAGUGCCAAAUUUGUUGAUUCCUACUAUAAAUUCGCUGGGCUAUCGGCAAUGCAUACUGCAAAUAGCGAACAAAUGAUUGAGACCGGCAAACAACUAAGCCGCAUUAACCCAGUUGCUAUCUCCAGUACAGCCAAACCCCCAUUCCGGGGUGUUAUCUCAGCAAAGUCUGUGCGACUGUGGUUGCUCGAAAGUGACCAGAACGUUACCCAAUACGAACUUUUAAUGAAUCUCUCUGGCCUAAUAGUCACAGACUCCAUACCUCCACCAAAAUCUAACCCUUCACCAAUUUCUAGCUAA